GAGUCACACAGACACAGGGCAGAGACAGCUCCGAACUCCGUCCCCGCAUGCGCCAGCCCCUCACGAACCCACCGCAUUCUCUGCCGCCAGCCCUCGUGGGCGCCGGGUUGCCACGGGAAGCGGUGCGCAUGCGCACGGACGCCUAAUGGAACGUGAGCCAGCCGGGUCCCCGCGUUACCCCUGGAAACCACCGGAGCCUGGCGAUUCGAGGGGAAAACGCCAGGCGAUUCAAGAUGGCGGAGGACCUGGACGAGCUCUUGGAUGAAGUCGAGUCCAAGUUUUGCACACCUGACCUUCUAAGACGGGGCGUGGUCGACCAGCCCAAAGGCUGCGACGGCGGCACACACAGUAGCGACCGGAACCAAGCCGAGGCGAAAGAGAAUCUCAGAUCAACAGAAACAUUUGAAAAAGAAGAUGAUCUUGACAGUCUUAUUAAUGAAAUAUUUGAAGAGCCCAACUUGGACAAAAAGCCCUCUAAAUUAAAAUCUAAAUCUUCAGGUAACACAUCUGUCAGAGCUUCCAUUCAAGGCCUUGGUAAAAGUUGCAGUCCAGUGUACCUUGGUGGAAGCUCUAUUCCAUGUGGGAUUGGAACAAAUAUUUCAUGGAGGAACAACAUGCCAGAAUUCCACAAAUUAAAAGCUAAGUUGGUAAAGAAGAAAGGAACACGGGCAUAUGCCUGCCAGUGUAGCUGGAGAACUAUUGAAGAAGUGACUGACCUUCAGACAGAUCAUCAGCUUCGCUGGGUUUGUGGUAAACAUUAAGAAUGCAGACUGCACAUUCGGACAGAUGCAUCCAUGAGAGCGGUCUCCGUGAAUCAUCAUCAUAUUUAGACAAUAGUCCCUAACAAUACCAUUCCCUGUGGGAAAAGGCAGUGAAUUUUAUUGAUACAACUACAUACAUUUUUGAAGACCAAAUGGACUAAGGAAGAUAAUGUAUUAUAACACUCUGGAAUUAUUCCUGAUAUAUGGAUGUUUCACUUUCUACAUUCUUUACUAAUGUGACAUCUACAUUCUUUACUAAUGUAGGCAUCUACAUUCUUUAUUAAUCUGUCUUCUGUUUAAUAGAGGUUUGAUUAUGGAGUUCCAUACAAAUAUCUAGUUUUUCAUUAGCAGCUGCAAUGUUGAUUGCUAAUACGUUUAGCAAAACAUUCCCCCACUUGUAGCAGUUAAAGUGGAUAAAGCCAGCCAGGGCAAAGAGGUCAUUUAGGAGUGUCUACAACACUCCAGUCAGAUCUCUUGUUACCAAAGAUCAUAAUUUAGACAUGGCAGAAACCAGGUAAUCAGUGGCUAACGGAAGGGUACUCAGGAGUAGUUACAGGUAUUUUGCAAAAACACUGCCUCAUGGCUGAUCUUACCUCAUGAACUCAAAGCAAUGUUAUGCACAAUAUUAAAUAUAUGUUACUAGUUUUAGCUUACUUUUCCCUCUUUUGUUCAUUUAACUAUUAAAAGUUAUUUUCUCUUUUGAAUAACCAAUAAUAUAUAAAAAGAGUUUGAUGCAUCCAAAAUCAUAAAAAUCCUAAUACAUACAGGUUAUUUUGUUGGAUUUACCAAGUACUUUCUAUCCUUUAAUGCCUAAAACUCCAUCAAGUGAAGUAAACAACAAGUAAUAUAAUUUUUCAGGCAGCCUGUGGUCUUUUCUGGUAGGAUCAGGUUAACAUAUCGUUUAUUAGGUGAGUAAGUGAAAAGACAAAGCAUAACUGAACCAGCAGGUAACCUAUUGGGCUUCUUCCUGACAUCACUGAGAUCUGAGGAGCCCUACAAUAGCAGCACAUUCAGGAAAUCAGAUCCCUCAAAAUUUCUAGUUCCCAACCCCAUUGAGAGAUUUUGGGAGCUUUCUAAUCUGCCACAAACCCUCUGCUACAUAUGUACUAUAUAGUUUAAAUGUGUGAUACAGAGCACACUGAAAGGGAGUAAUUGAAACAAAGUUAUAAUCUUCUUAGUCUUAUGCUAAAUUUAUUCCAGCCAUCCUACUGAAGGGAGGAAGAUCUGAUCAUUAGAAUCCUUUUCCUAGCCAUGACAUAUUUACAUACUUGUAAAAUUUACUGUAGUAAGUCUAGCAUUGCAACAGAAUAGAUCUUAUAAUGGCCAAUCCUAAUACUUUUGUAUUAAGGAUACCAUGACAGACUAAGCAUGGUGGCUAACGCCUGUAAUCCCAGCACUUUGGGAGGCUGAGGAGGGCAGAUCAGCUGAGGUCAGGAGUUCAAGACCAGCCUGGCUAACAUGAUAAAACACCAUCUCUACUAAAAAUACAAAAAUUAGCUGGGCGUAGUGGUGCAUGCCUGUAAUCCCAACUACUCAGGAGGCUGAGGCAGGAAAAUUUCUUGAACCUGGAAGGCGGACGUUGUGGUGAGCCAAGGUUGCACCACUGCGCUCCAGCCUGGACAACAGAGUGAGACUCUGUC